CUCAUUCGGCAACAUAACGUCAUAUGUCACGUCCUGUCAUUGAAAACGUUCAAUUUCAGCAACUUACUCUGGAUUUUGUCCUUCGAAUUCGCCCUUAAAAGACUUUCAUUGAUGACAUUGGUCUGUCUACGGCCCAGACGACAUGCUUCCCCGGGCGGGAAAAGAGUUUGUGGUCCGCAUACGAUUCUCGUGGCGGCAGCUGUUCCAGGGCCGUUACCUGCUCCUCACCAACACUCUGAGCGGAGGAGGCAUGCUGGCCAUGGGGGACUUCCUGCAACAGAGCUGGGAAACGCACAAAGAUCCGGCCAGAGUCAGAGACUGGAAAAGGACAGGUCGUAUGUGUGUGGUGGGCUGCUCCAUGGGACCAGUGCUGCACUUUUGGUACACUUGGCUCGACAGAAGGUUUGUGGGCUACGCUCUGAACACGGUGGUGAAGAAAGUUCUGGUGGACCAGAUGAUUGCAUCGCCAACACUCGGCAUGUGGUACUUUUUAGGUAUGGGUGUCGCAGAGGGACGCUCUUUAUCUGACGGAUGGGAGGAGUUUAGAGACAAGUUCUGGGAGUUUUACAAGGCUGACUGGUGCGUUUGGCCCGCGGCUCAGAUGGUCAAUUUUUAUUUCCUCUCGCCAAAAUUCCGUGUUGUGUACGUCAACACCAUCACCUUGGGAUGGGACACCUACCUCUCCUAUCUCAAACACAGAGUUGACAGUCAGCCCUCAGAGCUGGUAUCAGACAGCAGUGUGUCCGAUGUGCAGCAGAAAGCUGUGCCGCCAUCCAAACCUCUGGAGGAGAAAAGUGGCUGGUGAAAGACAAACUGUCCUUCCCAGAAGAUAAAAGUUGCCGCACGGAGCUUCAAGGUUGCACCCUUUAAUCGUACGCCGGUCGCUAUGUAUGUUUAUGCAGACAGCGUGAUGCAUUUGUGCAGGUGUUCAGGGAUUCAAAACAAACAGAAGAGUCAUUUCACCGCCUGUGGAAGUUGCUCCCCAACAGGACAGCAGCACUACUUGAUGUGCUGGGAAGGAAGAAACCCUAAACUUGAUGCUCUAGUCACUGUGAGUUAUAUUUAAACUGUGCAAAACUAUACUGGCAUUUCUUUUUUUUUUUUUUACUGUGACUGAUAAUGGUUGUGUCAAAUUGUUUGAAGUUAUAGCAAGCAUUGUUUUGAAGGUACACACUUUUCAAGCCCAACCCUGGGAGCCCGUCCUCAAGAGAAUUUCCUAGGAUUUUGUACAAACCGUAACUACAAUCUGUGCAAAAAUGAUGUUAGAUUUUAAACAAAAUCUUCACUUUUAAUAGAGGGUAGAAAUGUACCCUAUCUACUAUCAGUUAAAAAGCUCACUGUCCCACCCAAUUUCAUCAAGAUAUUAAAUUGAGCCAACAUGAAUGUCAUUUUCUGCGUUUGCCUCAAUAUCUCAAUCAAAAAACUCUACAUCUUGCCUCAGUUAGCUUCCUUGUAUUCGGCACAGUCUCGUGUAUGUGACUGGACAGUUAUUUUUUCAGUUUGACAUACCUGUGUUUUCAUACUUUGGGCCUAGAAUCACCCAAAAACCUAAAAUCCAAGUCGGAAAAAUGUGUAAUGAACUCUUAUAAUUUCUGAAAUAAUAAAUGCAAACAUAAAAUCUCUAAUUUACCUUCAAAGCCAGGCAGGCAGUUACAACUGACUAAAUAUGUACCCAACAACAAAUGUGUCCCAUUCUAAAAAAAUGUUUUUGUCCACCUCAAGAAAGCUAAAUAAAACACCUUGAUCAUCCAGAGGGACAGGUCAGGCCUGUGCUGGCCCUUCAAAGCCGUUCUAUACGUCUUUCCGUCAUUCGGCCACAUGAUGUGGCUUACAGUACUUACCCCCACCCCCUCUGCAACCAAACGGCUGUUCAUGCUUUGAAUCGCUGACAGUUUUUUUCCACCAGUAGAAAGUUGGUGUCAUGUUUCUGCACCGUGACGUGAUGACACAAUGACAAAAUCACAGUGAACAUUAUUGAUCGUAAAUCUUUUUUUUUUUUUUUUUUUUCUCAUUUGGAGACUCAAAAGCAGUUUGAAGUCGGAACUUUUACGUGAGCUAAAAGAGCGACUUCAUGGCUGCGCCAUCGUGCUACGCUAAACAAAUUCAGUGGAACGGGAUGACAUACAAAUAAUCAUUUACAUUUUUUGUCAUCACAUGGAGCUCACACUGUGUUGCUGGAAAAAAGUAGUCGUAAAUAAUAGCAGUCUUCCAUUCAAGCUGAGAAAGAUGCCUGCACAUUGAUAUCGUCUCUUCAUGAUAACUUAUAUACUUGAUUCAGUUUAUUUGUAUUAAUCGUCAGAUUGUUGAUAUUUCAUGAUGCCAAACUUACGAUGUUAAGUGUAAAUGUAUUUUACUGUAUUUUCACUGCAGUCAUGUAACUGCAGAGGUUGUAACGUAUCAUGCCGCUCACUUUGUGUCACAUAAAGUGACAAAUAUAAUAAAUAUCUUUGUUUACUACCGAAAAUGACUAUUCAUUUUAGAGAGCUGAUGACUGGGGUCACACUUUACAAUGAAGG